AGCUACGAGUUCAUACUUCUUCGCCUUGUUCUUUUCAGUUUUCUUUUUCUCUUCCUUUGUUGCUUCGCUGUUGUGUCAAUUCCCAAGCGCUCCUGCUUUCCUUUGCUCUUUCUUCUUCUGUAAGCUGCGCCUUUCCGUUUUGCACUGUCCAGUUCUGCCGUGCCUUCGUUCCACCUUUAAUUCCACUACAAGGAAAAAAACAAACUCUCAGUAACUCCCUUAUCCAUUCGUUUCGUCCUCCCUCCCACCUUCCUUUGGAAAAGGUGUACGAGAGCAACCUUUGCAACUCAACAACCAAGAACGGUCACGAAGGAACAUCCAAGAUGGGGUUCACAGACUUGUUCCACCGCGAGACGCCACAGGAGAAGAUGCGCAAGUACAAGCGCCAGCUUGACCGCACCUGCCGCGACCUCGACCGCGAGCGCAACAAGCUCAACGCGCAGGAGCGCAAGAUCAUGAUUGAGAUGAAGAAGAUGGCGAAGCAGGACCAGGUAGACGCAGUUCGCAUUAUGGCACGCGACCUGGUUCGCACACGCAAGUACAGCCAAAAGAUGUACCGCAUGCGCACUCAAAUUCAGGGUGUGUCGUUGCGCAUUCAGACGAUGCAGUCGUCGGCGCAGAUGGCGGAUGCGAUGAAGGGUGUGACGAAGGCGAUGAAGUCGAUGAACAAGCAGAUGAACAUCCCGGAGAUGCAGAGGAUCAUGCGCGAGUUUGAGAAGCAGAACGAGAUGAUGGGGAUGAAGGAGGAAAUGAUGAACGACGCGGUGGACGACGUCAUGGACGACGAUGGGAUGGAGGAGGAGGAGACGGAGCAGGAGAUUCAAAAAGUGAUGGACGAGGCGGGGUUGGACUUCCGCACAAAGGUCGGUGUCUCCGACGCGGCGCUUCCGCAAAAGAACGUUGAGGAGCAGGGUGAGACAGACGAGCAGCUGGAUGCCCGCCUCGCCGCUCUGAAGGCCUCGAUGAAGUGA